GUAACCAUAGUUGAUAAAAGGAAUGGUUUGGAAACUGACUUCUUAAACAAUGGGGCCUUUGUUUUAUGUUGAAAAUCGAGAGAGUUUGGUCACGUGACCAAAGAACGUCCAAGGUGAAAUCGUGAAACAAUGGCGGAAGCUGACUUGGAUGUUCAAUUUGUAGGAGACGAUGAGGUUUUUGCUUUUAUAUGUGAGCUUGAUGCUAUAAUUGAAGUACAGGAAGAUUUUGAUACGGCAGGCGACAAGAUUCUGGAAAUGAAUAUUAAGGAAGAAAAGUGUCAGUCUUGUGAUAAAACAUUUAAGACAGUCCGCGGUUUGCUGCGACACAAGGCCUCCAAACAUGAGAAGUUAUCCCUCCCACAGUCCAGGCUAAAAUCUAUUAUGGAAGUAGCCUGUCAAGAAAUUGCAGCCGAUCGCUGUUAUGGAACAGAAGUCAAUACUUCGUUUGAGCUUUAUUGUAAAGAGAGAUAUCCCCUUCAAGAUGGUUUUAUUUCUGAGUCAUUUUGUAAUAUCAUAAAGAAAGUUCUGUCAAAGCUGGUUGAUAAAAAGAGCAAAGAACUCUAUUAUGCAGAAUAUUACAGCGAAGUAGUAAACAAGAGUAAAGAAUUAUUCCCACUUUUAAAAGAACAUGAGGCCCCCUUGCUUGCAAUUAUUGUUUGUGAGAGGUUAAUGACAGAGUUUCAAUCUGUUUCAAAGCAACCUGCACCAUCUGUGCCACGAAUAAAUGACAGAGAUAAACAGUGCAUACAAUACAUUGGUGGGUAUGUGUUGAGAAAACUAUACUACAGCAUAAAAACAGAUUCUCCACAAAACGAAAUCACGAAGUCCAUCAUCAUAUGUUUCAAAGACGAUAAUCUCGUUGAUCAACUUUUGAUAUCAGCAGUGAAUCGUGGAGGUCUGUGGGGCAUUAAAAGGCCUGUAUCCAAUUUGUUUCUUGCUGCAGAGCGCAAAUUUAGAGAAGCAACUGUUGGAGCGAAUAUAACAUUGAUAGCAAUUAGUGCAAUAACCAAUAAGUUAUUAGAUGACUUAAAUGUGAGAGAACUUUUUUCAAGUAUUCUUGAAGACUGCCCUGCUUAUGAACCUAAAGAUGAUGAACUAGCCAAAAACAUUUUACAGGAAAUGUUUACCUUGUUUUUGAGAGUAAGGUCAUUUUCAUAUGCAAAGGACAUCAUAAACAGACAAAAACUCAAAACAACAAGUGGGAAAAAAAAGAGCUUAAGAAAAGAACUGAAGCAAACUAACACUGAUCAUACUAAAUCUAAGAAGAAAUAAAGUGUUCCUUGUAUACAUACUCUUUUUACAAAAUUAUAGUUAUAGUUUCAAACAAAAUUGUUAAUGUUCUUUUAAAAGGUAAUACUGUGUAAUUUUUGCUAGUUUUUUAAGUCUUCAAAUUGGUAGGUUAAAAGAUUUGCAAAUUUGUGGUUCCCUAGUAAGUUUGAGAAAUUCAAACUUUUUUGCAAUGCAACCUAUCAUCCCAAUGCCUAAAAAUCUAAUGUCGACUUCAGAAUGGGGUUUUUGGGGGUCCCAGUUGAAUUAAUCAGUCAUCAUUAAGCUUGUAAAGGUUCAUUUAAUUUAAGAGCUUUCAGAGGGUAUCUUAAAAAAGGAUUCAAAGAACUGUUAGACAGGGUGGCUUAUUCACAAAGUAACAUGAAAGAUAUCUUUACCCUAGAAGGAUAGCUUUACCCUACAUUUUGCCAGUCAAAAUACACAAAUUUAAACCAAUGUUAACUAAAAAAAGUAGACUGUUAUUUCUUUUCAUUGUCUUUAGUCUUUCGCUUCUUAAGUUUUGAAUCAUUUAUUUCAUACCAUGAUUUUUUCUUUUUUAAUCCAUGGUAUUUCCCGCUAGUAUUUCCUGUAACUGUUGAAACAGCCAUACCAACACGGAUAUUAUUUGCAUUGUAUCCAAAUUGCUGCAUAUUUGGGUUUUCACUACUUCUCCCAAUGGCUCUUUGACAGGAAAAAUACUCUUCACAAUCAUCUUGGCUAAAUCUCUCCAUUAAAACAUAAGGCAUGCCACUUCUCAAAAGCUGCUGCACACAUUCUACAGCAGAAUAGACAG